GUGAAGAUGGCAGAGGGAUUGGUGGUGGAGUUUCAGAAGUUUAAUAAGAACGCCAGACACUUAAAACGCUUGCAGAGGGAAACUUUACAGUCGAUUGAAGAUGUGGGCUUGUCGGGGAAUUUGUCGGAAGAGCAGGUGGCGGAGAUCCGGUUCAGCGAAGUGGAGCUGAGCGAGCUGCGGCACGUGCUGGGCGUGCCGCCGUGCAUCGUGGUGGGCGGGCAGGACGCGUACGGCAAGGUGCUCGUGGUGACGCGCCUUCUGGCCGAGCAGGUGCUGCCCAUCGUGCCCCGCUUGACCCCCGGCCGCGCGUGGCGCCCCGUUCGCCUCAAGCACUCGCACGCCCGCACCGUCUGCCUCGCCCUCCCCGACCAUGGCCCGCACGCCGAGGCCGGCUACGAGCUCGUGCACUCCCUCCACGCCCACGCGCGCCCGUGGGGCACCGUGCCGCGCGCCGACGUCGAACUGGACCAGCGAGCCAUGCAGGACCCCGUGGUGGGGAGCGCCAUGCUGGAGGUGGGCCUCCCACACCCGUUGCUGAAAGAGGGCGUGCAGGUGGUCAUGACGCCCACCGUGCCCCACAAUCGCGCCCUCAACACGUCCAUCGAGUUCCUGAGGGCGCUGUUGCCCGAGGUGCUGCCCAUCAUCGUCUACGCCAUCUCGCGGGACGACCUCUCCGAUGCCGAGGUGAACGAGCUGCGGGAGCUGAAGCGGCUGCACCCGGAGCUGCCCGUCUUGUUCAUCCGCGUGCCGCUGCUGCCCGAGACGUUCAGCGACGACCUCCCCGAGUCGGAACAGCACGACAUCCUGUGCAAGCUGCGCGUGCUGCCCUCCCCGGUGCGCCCCGACCAGAUUCCUCAGCAGCAGCAGCAACAACAGCAACAGCAGCAGCAACAGACGCCCAUUAUACCCACGGGAGCCGCGCGGAUCCAGCAGCAGGUCCCCGUCAAGCUUUUUCGCACGCUCUGCGAUAACCUCGGUUACCUCACAAUGACACCGGCGCCCAAGAAAUUCCGGUGUCGACUGGUGGAGCAUAGUUACCGAGUCGACAGCGAACUAAUCGACAGUUUUGACUCGUUCCCCAACGUUGUUCCGUACAUAAGGAUGAUUUUGCAGUCUCAUCUCAUCCACACGUCGACGCUUUUGAACCAGGGCCAUAACCGGUGCAUGAGAAAGUUCAUCCUGUACGCGUUCGACAUGGCGCGCGAAAUCCAGAUCACGCCGAGGAGGAUCAGCUACGCGAGGGAGAAGGAAGCCGAGCUCUACGAGAACCUCAUGGCCAUCGCGUCGAGCAAGCAGGACGAGAUCCGCAGCGUUAUCAUCGACACCAUCGCCAACAUGUCCGAGGAUCUGCUGGAAAGGGCAGCCGACUACGAGUUUCAAGACGUGGAGAACUUGCCGACGAGCGAAGUGGUGUGCGCCAGACAGGUGCGAAUCUGCACGGGCGAAAUCCAGGAGUUGGUGAUCGGGUCCCUGAACGCAGAGGUCGGGAGGCAGCUGGUGGAUCGCGUGGACGUGAUGCGCGAGUCGUACUUGGGCACCCUGCAGCGGUGUCUGGAGAGCCUGGAGAAGGACUGCCGAGCCUGCGGGGAAGAUCCUCAUAUUGGGGACGCGCUCAAGCAGAUGGUUAAUGCAGCCUACCAAGUGGAGGUGACUGUGACCACCUCUUCCUCUGUUUUGCGUUCUUUGUGGGAGAAAAUGAAGCAGUUGGUGGCCGCCAUGCCCGGGAGAACCCCACCGAUUAUAGAUGCAGAAUGGAAGAGAAAGGUUGCAGCUGAUAUGAUUGCCAGUCUUUCAGAAACAAAGCUGACAAAGAGUAUAUGUGCACAGUUUCGCGAGAGAUUAAAAAGCAGCCAUGAUUCCUUCCUCGGGAGCCUCAAACAGUUGGAGACUCAGCUCACCAGCCGCCUGGAAAAAACAGAAGAACAGCAGACUCGUAUAAAGAAAAUUGAUGCUCCCAAGCUCGCUCGUCUCUCGCUUGAGUCCACGUCUCUCAGGGAUAUGAUUCUCUUUGGUCAGUUUUUAAGACUGAAACAAGGUCUCCUUUUGAAGAACAUCAUAGAUCAAUGUUUGCCAUAUUUAGCAGCUUGUGAAACACUACAUUUAGCUGCAAAAUGUAGUCCACCAAACACAGAUAAACAUAAUAAUAAUAAUAAUAAUAAUAAUAAUAAUAAUAAUAAUAAUAAUAAUAAUAAUAAUAAUAAUAACCUGCGAGGAAGUGUGAUUGACCACACUUAUGGCCAGGGGGAAACUCCAGCUGUCCUAUUGAUAAUGGACAGGCUCACUCGGGACUUGUACUCUGCAAUCAAGCAUGGUCUUGAUUGGCUAGUCAGACUCCAGAUUUCUCUUGAUGUCACUCAGGGUAUUAGGUUCCUACAUUCCCAAGGUCUUGUGCACAGAGACAUAAAACUAAAGAAUGUAUUGUUGGACAGGAGCAAUCGAGCUAAGCUGACCGAUCUUGGUUUCUGCAAGCCAGAGGCCAUGAUGUCAGGCAGUAUUGUUGGUACUCCCAUCCACAUGGCCCCAGAGCUUUUCACUGGCCACUAUGACAAUAGUGUUGAUGUCUAUGCCUUUGGCAUACUCUACUGGUAUAUCUGUGCUGGCCACGUGAGGUUACCUCUUAUCUUUGAGCAAUGUCAGUCAAAGGACCAGCUUUGGACUUGUGUUAAGAAAGGUGCUCGGCCAGAAAGACUAGCACAGUUUGACAAUGAAUGCUGGGAGCUAAUGCAGGAAUGCUGGGCUGGGGACCCUGCCAAAAGACCACUGCUUGGUGAUGUGGAGCCCCGGUUAAUGCGUAUAAUGGAGUGUUAUGCAAAGAAACAGCUGGAAUACAAAGAACACUGGCAUGACGAUCAACACAAUGAGGACGAUAGUAAAGUUGACUCAGCCAUAGAUGCUGUGACGACUGAGCAGUGUGGCUUCAUAGCAUGGGAAGAUGAAACACUAUUGGACUGUAUGGGGAUGUACACCCUCAGUAGUACGCUGUGGCGGUGAGUAGUGUAUUGGGUGUAGUGACAGAUAAACUAGUGCUUCAGACAAGGCUUUGGAUGGUGUGUUGAUCAGCAGCUUUGGUAAUAAGAAGGUCGAGAGGAAAGUCAGAAUAUGUGAAACUAUCAUUGUUAGUAAUAUUCCUUUUUGAAAUUGGAAAUGGAGCUUCCACCAUAUUUAACUAAACAUGUCCUAAAAAAAUAUAUAUAUUUAGUGGUAUCUCCUGUACUUAUUUGUAGUUAUUGCAGAAACUGCAUUACAGGGUGUCUGCAUCCUGUAUCUCAGUAAACUUUUAAAGCCGUGGGUGCCUUUCGUAAAAAUUAUUGCCAGAAGAGGUUUUUCCUAAUAGAGUGUGUGCCUUUAGACUGAACUAAAUGUAUGAAUCAUGUCACAGUGUUGAAGUUCUGCAGAGCAUAGAUCAUCAUGAAAGAUGAGACAUUGAUAAAUGUGCUUAUGUUUUUUUGUUGUUGUUUUUUUGCUUGCUUUUGGGGUCAUCUGUGUAUAAUCAUGUUGAAAAUGUUUGUUUUUAUAGAUACUACAUAGGCAUUGAAAAGCAUGUAAUUUUAACAGCUAAUAGCAAAUGGACUUCUGAAUGGGAAUACAUCAUUAAACACCUUGCAGCUUGAAUUUAAGAGUGAAUUUAAAAUGGCAUAGCUAUGAAUACACAGUUCUACUCUUUUACUAUGUAUGAAGGGUAUAUUCAUUUUGUAAUUCCCCUCCCCCCUCCCUUUUUUAGGGCAAUGAUGAUCCUGUCUGUGAAUGCCUAUCACCUUUGACUUGUCCACGGGAACAGGGAAUUUGGAUAUACAAUAACUAUCUGUCCAAAGUAUUAUAUUGUAAGUAGGAAUUAUACUAAAAACUGCAUCCUUUCUCUAUCAUCUGUCAUCUUUAUAGUUGCUUUCUUCUUCUCUUCCUUCUCUUUUUUUCUAGAAAAAGCUUUACAGUGUCGAGAAAAGAGAAACAUCAGCUUAGCAAAGGGGAAGUCACAACCAGAAAUAUGAAUAUGUGAUCUUAAAAGCUAGAGAGAGAAAAUAUUAAAACUUUUUAAAAGUCAUAUCAUAAUUUGUGGUUUGUAUGAAAGCACUGUCAGUGUUUAGUUCUUUUUCCAUGCAUAUUUUUAAAGAUUCUCUUCUUAGCCAAUCUUUGGCAGGUGAGAAUUCACAGAUAUGAAUAUUUAAUGUGAAUGAAAGUUAAAGGGAGGGAAGUGUUAUUUAUCAGAAUUACGUAUAUUUUUGAAAGAGAUGAACUCAAAACAAGAAAUAAGCUUGUGUGUAUAUAGGGAUGCAUGAAUAUGUUUAUAUUUUUUUCCCCAUUUUCUCAUUUGUGUGUCUGAUUUUACAGAACCAUGUCAGAAUCUACAUGGUCGCAUGGCUUAAGCUGUAAACCCAUUUUUUACAAACUGUGUUACCAGUUCAACAAUAACAGAUCAAGUUUAUGUGUAAAAUGCUUUCAUGCAGUUGGUUAUUUUGGGUACUCUAUGCCUAGAAGUGUAUUUAUGUUUCCAUCCAUUUGUCAUUCCAUCCAUCGGUUCUGUUUAAGGAUUAUAAUUUGUAUUUAAGCAUUUUACAUACAAACUAGGUUUAAAAUAAGAGAGAGAGAGAGAGAGAGAGAGAGAGAGAGAGAGAGAGAGAGAGUGUGUGUGUGUGUGUGUGUGUGUGUGUGUGUGUGUGUGUGUGUGUGUGUGUGUGUGUGUGUGUGUGUGUGUGUGUGUGUGUGUGUGUGUGUGUGUGUGUGAGUGAGUGUGUGUGAGUAAGGAGAUAGUAAGAGGAGGAGGAGGAGGAGGAGAGAAUUCAUAUAUGUUUUUGUCUGUUUUGUGUAAUCUAUUUUGAUCUUAAGAUUUACACUAUGAAAAAAAAAUAGGAUAUUGAUAUAGGAAAAUUUGAAAUAUAUUUAUAAGAUUAAGUUAUGAGUUGUUCAUUCAUGGUAUAAAAGAAAAUCAGAAAGUCUCACUAACUAAAUAUUUGGUGAGUUUUUGUACUAAUGUAGUAAGACUCUAGUGCCAGAUUGCAUUUAGAAUUCAGAUGAGAUACAUUUACUUUUUUACUUGAAUGUUGAAUAAAUACUGUAUUAUAGAUAAUGAAAAAGUUAUGACAUAACACUAGUGAUUUUGCUUUACAUAGGAGUAGUUUUGAAUGUGUAUCUUUUUCUUGUCGAAGAACAAGGUCUUGAGUUUCUUCAUUCCGUGCUUUUUGCCACUGAAAUAGAUUUCCAUGUUCAGCAUCAGAAGAUCUCAGUUAAGAUAAUAUUUACAUUGUACAAAUGAUUAUGAGAGAAAAAGAAAAUUUGGUUGGAGAGGAUAUAGUCCCUGAUAGAAUUACAUGUUGAAAGCUUCCAAGCUGGGAGAGAAAAAAAAACGGUAUUUAUUGAGAAAGACGAGGACCAAUUUGAAGAUGAAAUGUUUACAUCUUCAGUGAGUAACAAGGUAUGAGGAAGUAAGUUUCAUGUCUUAUGUCUGGAGUGUUCAUUAUCUUGUUUUACCUUUUAAUGGAGUAUUUAUUAUUCUUUUUUUUUUCUCAGAGUUAUAUGAAGAUUUGGAUUUAUUAUUGUUGACAAGAAAUAUGUUCUCUGACUGUCAGUCUGUGUUGUUAAAAGAAAAAAAAGAAAAAAUCUUGAAUCACUCAUCCUGGAUGGUAUCUAAUCAUGCCAUGGGAAACCAGGCCCAGAUACCAGGUGACAAAUGCCCAUGCCAUGAGCAAUCAAGCCUGCUCUAAGAUUUGCACUAAACAAUUUUUUGAUUGUUUAGCUCUGACUGUGGUCAGUGAGGAGAUACAGCUCUCAUAUUUAGGCUUUAAGUUUCUUUUUUGCCACCUGUCCUCAAGAGUUAUGUAUGUUGCAGCAUAAGUGUAAAUGAAUGUUUCUAGUGCAACUGCUGAUUGCUCAUUGGUGGCUUAAGCUGGAUAUAAAUAAUUUGAAAUGAUAGCUUUAGAUAUAAAGAUCAUGAAAUUCAGUAGGUAAAGCAACCUUUUCAAUGGAAAGGAUAUUUUAUUUAACAAAUAACAAUAUGAUUAUUUUGAAAGAAAUUUUACCCUUGCUUUUAUUAAGAGUGACUUUGCUUGAUAUGAGGUAAUGAAAAAAAUAAUGGAAAAGGAUAAAAAAGAAAAAUGUUUUGGAAAUGUACUUUUGGAAAAUAGAAAAAGGGAGGAAAGAAUAAAUAUGUUGAAUAUCUGGAAACUCUUCCCUGUCCAGGAGCAUCAACUAGCUUCUGAGGGAAAAUAAUGUGUAUGUAUAUGUGUAUAUAUAAUUUAGUUGAUCAUGAGCAUUGCUUCAUAUUUAUUUCAUACUACAUAACAGGUGUUUGUAUUGUGCAAUUAAACUUCAGCUUGAACUGAACUACAUGUGUAGGAAGAGUUCAGCAAUACAAUAUAGUGAAGAGGAGAAAAAAAGAGAGUUAAAUAUUCCUUAUUAACUCAUUGGUGCCAUGUGUAUGCAUCUACCCACAAUAAUUUGUUUUGUCAAUUCUCGUUUCACAUGGAUGGUUUUACUAAUGCUGAGUCAUCAAGGAGUUAUUUACUAGGCUUACCUGAUCUCUCGUGUUUGCCCCAUUCCUUGGAAGAAAAGUAUUUAGUUCUAAUUCUUCUUAUUGUUAUUGACAUUAUUUUUAUUAAAAUGCUAUUAACAAUGCAAAUAAUGAAAAAAGGUAUUAUGUUUUAAAAAUCAGGGAAUCAUUAAACAAGUAAAAUCAGGUAGGCUUUGUAAUUAGUUUGUACUAUUAUGAAGCCAUCUGUGUGUAUAGAAAACAGAAUAAAAUUGCAAUGUACACAUACCCUCCUGGUGUCAGCAGGUUAAAUGAUAAGCUUUUAAUGAAUAAAUAGGGUGGAAUUUUGUACUCUUGAGCAAUCCAAUAUGAGUAUGGAACAAUAUUUCUAAAUCAUUUAUUUUUGUAUGAGUUGGAUUCUGCCAAGUGUAAUUUUGUUUGGUCAUAAUAAUGGUAUUUGUAGUAACUGAGUUCUGUGUCCUAUGGAAGAAAACUUACUCUUGAACAGUUUAGUAUUCAAAACUUUUUUAAAAGCCUUUGUAUUUUUGACAGUGUUCAUCUUCUGAUGACUAUUUCAGUGUUUUUUUUAAGUACUGCAAGAGAAGGUAUAGUUUCUGAUUGAUUUUGUCACAAAUCUUUGAGGUUUUCCUCAUUAGUCAGAUGUAAAAGGAAUGUUGUUUGAGAUAGUGGCAGACAUGGAGUGUAAUGUCAUUCUGCAUAUUGCAAGGCAAAGUAAGCAUAACUGAGUUAUGAUGAAUGUCAUUUGUAAAGUUCAUUAAGAGCAUUGCAUAUGCUGCCCUGUUGUGCUGUAUUUGAAAUGUUAAGAGUGGUAUGAAAGUUUUUGGGAAAAAAAUAAAUAAAAUUGUUAGGAAUGGUUGGGCUAUAUGUGUAUUUUUCUUUUGGAUUAUAUGUGUGUAUAUAGAAGAUUUUUGCUGUAAUAAAUGCCCUUAAUAUUUAUGUAUGUGUGUGUGUGUAAGUGUGUAUGUGCAUCUAUGUAUAUGUAUAUGUAUAUAUACAUGUAUAUGUAUAUAUAUGAACUAUAAUCAUGUUGACAAAUGUAGAAAAGGUAUGAAUGAGGAUGAAUUUAUUUAUUCUCAUUCAUAGCUUUUCUACACACACACACACACACACACACACACACACACACACACACACACACACACACACACACACACACACACACACACACACACACACACACACACACACACAUACACACACACACAUACACACACA